AUGGCCCAACUCCUCAACCCUCCUUCUAUACCGGGUGCCCGCAUCUCCCAGCUCCUCCCCACUGUGAAAUGCUCCACCUGCGGAUCCCCUGUGCCCCUCGACCAGCUCGGCGAUCACGUCUGCCCGCCCACGCCCCCCGUUCCUACCGUACGCAGCCCUCCCGCUAGCAAACCACCCGCAGUUCGGCCUCUACGCAUCCAAAAUCUCGUGUCCUCCACACGCUCACACAGCCCCUCCAGCAGCAGCUCCUCGGGCUCCUCACGCGCCUCGGCCGUCUCGCGUUCUUCCUAUGCCUCCACUGCCUCGGCUGCCACCGUCACCUCCAACUCACGACGAACAGACCGCCCACGACCCGCACAAACACCUCCGCCUACCCACCCCCCGCCACGAAUCCCUUCUCCCCAAUCGCAAACUCUGCUCCACAGAGGGCCUUCCCCCCUCGGCUCGCCCCUCAGCCCGAACAGACCCGCCGCUGUGCCAGAGCGCGCUGUUUCGCCCGCGUCGACAGUACGGAGCUCCCGCAGUGAUGGACGCGGAGCCCCGACCGAGCCGCCAGCGCGCACCCCGUCUGCUGCAUCCUAUCGCCCUCCUGUUGCGCCGGCCACGUCGCCUGGGAUUCCGCCAAAUUUGGCUGCGGGUCGUGGACCUUCGACUGCACCCCCACAUCUCCAGCUGCGCGCGAGGGCGCCUUCCAACGCGUCUUCCAUUCGCUCCCGCAACGAUGAUCAACCAUCACCGCAGGCACCAUAUCGUCGACCGUCCGUGACGCAGCCCGAAGUCUCGCAAGCAGCCUACCGUCGCCCUUCUACCGAUGGGAAUGCAGCUCCCACACGAAGCGCAGCCCUCCCACUGUCGCCGUAUUCCCCCACGGGGCCCCCAUUGAGCCCGUACUCCCCUCGGCCUCCACCGUCGCCGACCCCAAGUCAGUUUUCUGCCAUGCACAUGGACAUGGGACCCGAGAUCGACACCAAGAGCGGUGGAGAGGCUGGCAUGGCGGGUGUCGGACGGCGGGGGUUUGCGGCGGCAGCGCGGGCGGCAAUGUUCGCCAACGCAGCGUUUGGUGCGCCGGCGAGCCCCGGACCAGGGCCGGGAGGGACGUGGAUGCAGGCGCCGCCGCCGCAGGGGAUGGACGGGCGGCGGGCGAACGCACCCAAAUGGCUCGAUAUAGGCAGCGCAGAUCCCACCGUCGCCGCACCCGCCGCCUCGCCGUCGCCGGUCCACGAUCCCACCCGCGACAGCAACGCCACCAUCACCGGGCGGCCUGACGGCUACUCCCCGUCCUCCAUCCCCUUCCCGAUCAAGCCGCCGCCUCCGGCCCCCUUCAUGGGCUCCGGCGAGCCCAUGACACCAACCACGCCGAACACUCCGCGGCUCCCCUUCUUCGAGAAGUACCGCAACAAGUUCCCCGCUGCGGACGUGGGCCCAGACGCCGUCGCCGUCAUGGUCGGCAAGGACGAGGACGAGGACGAGGCCGACACGGAGGAUGUCGGCGAGCUUGCUCCCAUCUCAAUCCCGCUCAGUCCCACCGACGAUGGGUCUGAGUACGGUGGGCUCGCUUAUCGCACCGAAAGCGAGAGCGAGUACGAGGCAGACCAGCCUGCGCCUCAGCCGAGCGCGAGCAAGCGCCGGCCGUCGGCUAGCUCGGCAUCCUCGUCGGCGUACUCUGGGCGAUCGUACGGCGGCGCGAAACGCGUCUCGGGAACCACCGCGACGGGCGGGGUCGACAUUUCGAUGGACGCGCUGCUGCGCUCUCCCGCGAGCAGCGAGGCCGCGUCGCUCCCCCGCUCGCCGGCGUCCGUCUCCGCGUCUCCGCGCACGCGUCCGCUCAAGCUUCCUACGCGCUCGCAUACGACGCCGAGUCAGCGUGAUAGCACUCGCAGUUUGGGCCUCGGGGGCCCAACAGGCUCGGGACGGCGCGGAGGCACAAUUUCGGGCGCGCUGAACGGCGCCGCCCGGGAGAAGGAGAAAGAAAAAGAGAAAGAAAGGGAGCGGGAGGAAGAGCGGGAGCGGGAGCGGAACGUGAGUGUCACGUCCGCGAGUGAGGCGGGGAGCGUGAGGAGCCGAGUGCGGGAGUGUGUGAAGUGCGGAAGGAAAAUCGAGGAUGGUCGGUGGAUACGGGUGGAGAGCGGCAAGGGCGUGCUGUGCGAUCGGUGCUGGAAGAAUAUGUAUCUGCCCAAGUGCCGCCGGUGUAAUUUACCAAUCGAAAAGCAAGCGGUGUCGUCCUCCGACGGUCAGCUCAAGGGCAAGUACCAUCGCGAGUGCUUCAACUGUCAUACCUGCCACAAACCGUUUCCGGAUAAAUCGUUCUAUGUCUGGGACGGCAAGCCGUUCUGCGCAUAUCACUACCAUGAAGCCAACAAUUCGCUCUGCGCGCUUCCGGAAUGUGGGCAGCCGAUUGAGGGCCCGUGCGCCGUGUCACACAACGGGAGCCAAUUCCACCCUGAGCACCUGAUGUGCGAGUACGAGAGCGAUGCAGAAGAUUCGGACGAGGAUUCGGACGAGGAAACAGAGUCGGAUGAUGAUUCUGACGGUCCUGUCGUCUCCGCCACUCAAAAGAAGGUCCGGAUGCAGGACUCGCGAAGUAAGGGGCGCUGCACGGUGCGCCUCGUUGAGUACUGGGAGGUGGAGGGCCGGAUGUUGUGUGAGCAACAUAUGCGGCGUGUCGUGAUCGAACAAGAUCAGGAUAGCAUGAGCAGCGUCAGCGGGUCUACGUCCAGCCGCACACGGGCCCGGCGUGGUGCACGAAGGGCGAUGAAGCGGAUGACAGUGUUCAUCGAUCUGGCUGGGACGGGAAGCGAUUCGUUGCGCUCCUUGCCUCACCGUCUUUCACCCUCUCCGCGUAACGCGGUUGCGCCGAGUGGGACUAAGCGCAGCACUCCUCGCCCCCACUUACCUUGCAUAUCUUUUGGUCCCGAGAGGACACUGCACAAACUUCACAGAUCUAGACCUAUCCCGAAGUGCGCGUGCCCGCGGGGCACCCUCCAUUUUGCACUCCUUCCAACCCCUAUGCCUAUCACGCACAUCCUAAUUGUUCUUGUCCAUCCUCACGUCCCUCCAAUUACCACACUAUCAGUCGCUAUUGACCGUUCACCCAUUCAUGCGCACACCACCCACACCCACUUCGUAUUCUUGGAUGCCGACAUGGACUCAUACGCGCGCGCGAGGGAGACAGACGCGGAAGUAACGGGGAACGAAAGAACGAGAGAAGAAGAAACGACGCGUGGUGACAUACUGCGGCGACGAGGCGCUGCCCGACGUGGGCUCCUGUAUUUCUUUCGUUCUUUCAUCUCAUGGACGGAGUUGUGUGCAGCCCCGCACUUUUUACUGGACCCUGGCUCAUCAUCCUACUCUUCUGCACAAGGUAUAAUCGGAGGCUCGAAGGCCAGCUCGGGCUCUCCCGACUACAAUUUGAUCCUUACUAGUUGCUGCUCGUACCUUCUCUACACAACUUUGCUUGCCUUCGGCUUGUAA